AUGAUCAAAGUAUUUCUCAGUGUAGAUAAUGCACCGCGAACGAUGCGGAAUAUUGGUAUGGUGCGACGUGAGGUGAACGAAGCGAUGAACGCUUGGCAACGAGCGGCAGCGAUUCGAUUGAAUGAGGUUCGGAGUGAGUCGAAUGCCGAUAUGAAGAUUACGUUCAUGAGGGGCGAUCAUGGCGAUCGAUAUGCGUUCGAUGGGAGUGGACGCAUAUUGGCACAUGCAUUCCCACCGGGUGAGGGACUUGGCGGUGACAUUCAUUUGGACGAUGACGAACGCUGGUCUGAUGCACUCAUUGGAGANGAAAGCAGUUAUGCGUCAAUAGUGAUGCAUGAAAUCGGGCAUAGCCUUGGUUUGUCUCAUUCGCUAAAACAAGAUAGCAUCAUGUAUUCAUUUUAUCAAGCCGAUAGCCCUCCACAACUGUAUUAUGACGAUAUUGUUGCUAUACAGUCACUUUAUGGACGUGGCUAUGCGUCCGCACCCGAAGCACCUAGGUCACCCACUGUGACAACAACAACUCGUGCUCCACCACUCGUUCAGACAACCACCCAACCCGCGAAAGAGAAGCCUAAAGUACCGUCAGUCAACGAAGACCGUAUUAAUGAAGUGCCGCCCGAUCCGUGUAAAUCGGAUAUUGAUGCUAUCACCGAAAUUCGAGGCGAAGUUUUUGUUUUCAAGGGUGAUUGGUUCUGGCGAAUUCGUCAUGAUGGCUAUCUGAACGAAGGUCCAAGGAAGAUCAGUUCACUAUGGGGUUCACUUCCAUCACCGAUCGACGCGGUUGUUGAGGAUCAUAACGAUCGAAUACUUUUCUUUGUUGGUAAGAAAUUGUACGUGUACAGAGGGAGUGCGCAGGAGUCAGUUCGUCCGUUGACUGCAAUUGGAUUACCUGACUAUGUGCGUCGUAUUCGUUUGGUCUAUAAAUGGAAUUACUGGACUGAAAAACCGAUUUAUAUCUGGACAGAUGAGGAAUUCUGGAGAAUCGAUAGG